AUGAGUAGCAACAUUACUCUUCAGCUUCAAGCGUUACCAUUGGGACAACUUAAUUUCACUCUUUUGCUUAUGGAAAGAAGUAGAAAAGGGGAGAAGCUAAGAAAAAAAAGACAGACAAGGCAAAAAAAGGAAAGGAAAGGAAAGGAAAGGAAAGGAAAGGAAAGGAAAGAAAAGAAAAGGAAAGGAAAGGAAAAAAAAAAGGAAAGGAAAGGAAAGGAAAGGAACGGAAAGGAAAGGAAAGGAAAGGAAAGGAAAGGAAAGGAAAGGAAAGGAAAGGAAAGGAAAGGAAAGGAAAGGAAAGGAAAGGAAAGGAAAGGAAAGGAAAGGAAAGGAAAGGAAAGGAAAGGAAAGGAAAGGAAAGGAAAGGAAAGGAAAGGAAAGGAAAGGAAAGGAAAGGAAAGGAAAGGAAAGGAAAGGAAAGGAAAGGAAAGGAAAGGAAAGGAAGGAAAGGAAAGGAAAGGAAAGGAAAGGAAAGGAAAGGAAAGGAAAGGAAAGGAAAGGAAAGGAAAGGAAAGGAAAGGAAAGGAAAGGAAAGGAAAGGAAAGGAAAGGAAAGGAAAGGAAAGGAAAGGAAAGGAAAGGAAAGGAAAGGAAAGGAAAAGAAAGUAAAGGAAAUGAAAUGAAAGGAAAGGAAAGGAAAGAAAAAGAAAGGUGA